AUGGCAUCGACGUCGAGAUCAGCGGAAGAGAAAAAGCUAGCUCAGGCAGAAGAGAGGAGGAGAAGAGCCGAAUCGAGGGCUCCGAAAGAAGGUGAAGGAAAUGUCGACAUGAAUCUGAUACAAGAAGCGGGUCAAAUAGCUAGAGAAGAAGAUCUUUUGGAGAGCCAUCAGGUGAUACACGGAGCUGGACCCAAGGCCGCGUUUCGAGAGUCAAAAGGUGCCGAUUCUCGUAGCCAAGCGCUCUUAGAGGCCUUGACGCACGCGUUGGAUACCAACAAUGGAGUUGAAGCCAGGAAGCUGGUCGCGGAUUUCAAUGAUUCGUAUGGAUCGCUGGUGGCGAUGGAUUACGAUGGUUAUGUACCUCCGGAACCUAAAGGAUCAGUCCAUGAUCAGCCGAGUCUUCAGGCCCAAGAAAGUCAAAAGAGCGUACCUCAGGCCCAGACACAACAGAAGUCCGCGAGUUCGAGAUUGAUGGACUCUAGUCAAUUGCUAGCGUUGAUCUCCGGGCCGUUACCUUUCAGCGGCCAAGAACCUCAAUCAAAUGGUGCCGGGACGGGUGUACACCCUCCUGUUGUGGCAAAGACGAUUCCAGAAAUCGAAAUCCAGAUGAAGAAGAGAGCGAAGAAGCGGAAGGGGAAGAAGCGAGCUGAGCGAGUCGAGGCACCUUCUUCGUCUUCUGACGAGUCCAAAGGACAGAAGUCGAGGAAGAAGAAGAAAGAGGAACCGUCUUCUUCAGAUGAAUCGGAUGACUCAAAGCCGAAGAAGAAAAAGAGGAAGAGGAAAGCUUCAUCAAAGAAGAAGAAACAGCUGAAGUUAACACAAACCCUAAUCGAGGGAAACGUGGCGGUGGGGUCAAGAAGUCCUAUCAGAAGAGAAAUACCUAUCAAGGUAACUUCCAUUACAACAGGGGCAACAAGUCCGCCCAGGAGAGCCAAACUGACCUAUAUGGCGAAACCGUACUACCAGCAUAAGGGUGCGAAACAAAACCAAGCGCCUAGCGCACAGAAAGCGCAACCGACAGAGGCACAGAAUGCGUGA